AUGUUCGGAUUUGUCCAUUGUAAUGCAUCCAUAUUAGCUCGACAAAAUACUGAUUCAGAUCUAUUUUUUGUUCGAAUAUUAGUCAAAAAUUGGCUCUGGCCUAUUAUAACUCUAUUUGGUGUAACUGGAAAUAUUUUAGCAAUUAUUGUUUUAACAAAACGUCGUAUGAUUAUGUCAUCAACAAAUAAUUAUUUAGUAGCUUUAGCUCUUGUUGAUAUUGCCUAUUUAGUCUUAACACUUAUACUUAAUACCGCACAAAAUCCAUGCUUUGCUGGUACUACAAUAUCCAAUGUUCUAUUAGUAAUAUGUCGACCAAUUGCAGAUUUUGCAUCAAAUUCAAGUGUUUGGUUAACAGUAACAUUUACAGUUGAACGUUGGGUUGCAAUAACAUAUCCAUUACAAAGUCGUACAUGGUGUACUAUAGAUCGAGCACGAAGAAUAAUUUUAAGUGUUAUGUGUGCAUCACUUUUAUGUACAUUACCAUCAGCAUUUGAAAUGAAACUUGUACGAAUAAUUAAAAAAACCAAUCUUUCGAAUGAAACUAUUUAUACAAGUUAUAUUGAAGCUCAACUAACUGCAUUGGGGAGCAGUGUACUUUAUCAUAAAAUUUAUUUUAAUUUUGUUACAUUUGCUAUUGUUUGGAUUCCACUUGUCCUACUUGUAAUUUUCAAUACAAUUCUUAUUUCUUAUGUUCGUCGUUCCAAACUGCAUAUACAAAAAACUAACGAAGGUAUACACUUACGUCGACAUAAUCGUGGAAGUCAAGGUGAACAACGAAAAACAACGAUUAUGUUAAUUGCUGUUGUUAUUGUUUUUACUGUUUGUCAAAUUCCUCAAGCUAUAUCAUUAACACUUCAAUCAUUUGUUCCUAAAUUAGCUCAAACCUCCAAAGUUCUUAUUUAUAAUAAUUUUGCCAAUUGUUUAGUAGCUGUUAAUGCGUCCAUUAAUUUUGUUUUAUAUUGUUGUUUUUCUGAUCGAUUUCGUUCAAUAUUUCGUUCAAAUUUUACGUUUAUAAGUAAAUAUUGUGCACAGUAUAUUCAACCUGAAUGGACAAGAAAAUCGAAUAAUCAUCAACAUACAUUUUCAAAUUCAUGUGAUAAUAUAUCUCUUACAAAUUAUUCAACACAUGGAAAUCAAAUACAUAGUUGUAUAUCGAAUGUUAGUGGUGGUGGUGAUAAUAAUAUAAAAAAUCUUCAUCGUAAUAUUACAAGUCAAAUUCAUUUAAAUAAAAAACAAAAACUAUUAGAAUUUUUUCGAUUAAAAGAUUUAUCACCAAAAAUGAAAUCAAAACCAGGAAACAUUCGAUUGAAAGAUCUAACUUUACUUCAAAAUAUUGAAUCGUUCUCAAGUUCUCCAGCAUUAAGUCCAGUAAAAAGUUCAACACUUCCUGUUCGACCAUCGCAUGCAUCAAAUGUAUCCUUAUGUGGUGAUCGAACGUUAAAAAUAUCUUUUGAUGAACCAAUAUCAAAACAAUUCUCUAAAAAUGACAUUUUUUAUUCUAUUCUUAUGAAACAACAAUCACUUUCAUAUGAUAAAUUAGAUCGAUCAAAUUUAAAACCUAAAACUCAACCAAAAUGUUAUUCAUAUCGUUCAUUAAGAGAAAAUAAUAAAGAUACUGAACAAAUAUGGAUAAAACGUCAUCGAUCUGAACAAUUACUAGAUCGUCAUAAAUCACUUAGUUGGAACGGAAUGAUGGAUGUUACUGUAUUAUAA